GGGAGGGCCCCCCACCCAAAGACUCGGCAAGCAUAUGGCGGAGGGUAUUUGAAGACACACAUGCAAGCCACCACUGGCUUUAGUUCUGUGCUUCAAAUUAAGACUUCAUCUUAUGUCUGUUCCCUGACUCCCCUCUUACGUGUGGCAUUGCAGAUGCUGCUGCCGGCGACCCUGCAAAAGAGGGCAAGAAACAGGAGCAAGGGGUGUGCACCACCUGCUUCUUCGCCACACUCGACUUCUUUGCAGUCAGCCGCACUGCAAAAGACCCACACGGGCACUUAGUGGCCUGCCACGCACUGCUGUGUGUGCUCGUGUCUCAGACAGUGGGGAAAGGAAUCGUCGCCACGUAUAGAGCGUACGUAUACGCUGACCUACUUACAUGCACCUCUUAAUUACCCACGUCGGCUCGCGUUUGGUUUGGUUUGAUUUGGUUUGUGGUGCCUUGUAGGACGUCCUACUGCGUUAAGGAAACUGUUUAUCCGAUAAAGGAGACAGUGGUGUCCAUCUUUGACCGCAUGGAGAACAAGUGAGCCCUGCCUGCCACAGUUAGUGUGUCUGCUCAUCUCCUUUGUCUCCUUGUUGUCUGUCGCGUUGGUGCAGGUAUAGGCCUUACAAGGCUAAAGUGCCUUACGUGCACGUGACUGACUUCGAGUACUGACUGACUUGCUGUGCUGACCCACUUACUUUGGACAUCAGUGACUUCCCACUUGCAAGUCAAAGCGCUCACUGAAUGGUGUACUGAGCUCGAGCAUAUCUGAG